AUGUCGCGUUUGCUGAACUCUCUGCGGGCGUACGCGCGCACUUCGCAACACGUGACCAACAACUCCGUGUGGUCCGAGCUCCCGCUUUCCCGCCGGGCGUCAGUGCUGGUCUUGCUGUUUGAGAGCGAGAAUGGGCUGUCCGUGUUGCUGACACAAAGAGCACACAACAUGCGGAGUUACUCGGGCCACGUAGCGUUCCCCGGCGGCAAGGCCGACUUUGACACCGAGUCUGCGCUUCAAGUUGCGCGACGAGAGUCCUGGGAGGAGGUGGGACUUGUAUCCAUUGAUCCGACAGACUCUCAGCAACGGGUCAUUGGAGACCUGACAAUCAACACACACACAUCCGACGAAGUCGACACACACGACUGUCUGACGCCACCACUCAAUAAGAACUUGGCUGUUGAAAUCGAACCGCUAUGCGAGCUACCCUCAUAUCUCAGUUACAACCUGCUGGCUGUCAAGCCUUGUGUGGCCUAUGGAAGGGUCGUGGAGCUCAACAAACUGUCCGAACCAGGCAACUUUGAGGAAUACAAAUACCACGACUCGCCCAACUCGCUCAAAUCAGCCCCCUCGGUGCUGGAUACGUUGCACCCGUGGGUGGAGGACCAUGCCGAGGUGUACGAGUACUUUGAGGCGCCGUUCGACCGGUUCACCAAGAAGGGCGACGGUUGGUACCGACUGCAAAAGUGGAACUGGGGAGGAAUCCACUGGCCACAACUGCACUUUAAUGUGCUGCGCAAAACUCACAAGACCAUUGGAGAACGCGGAUGGUACGACGUGUGGGGGUUGACUGCCCGGAUCCUCGUGGACGCAGCCACCAUCGCCACAGGAAAGCCGCCGGAGGUGGAUUGCAUGAAGGUUGUGGGCGAUGAGGAUCUGAUCAGAGGCCUGGCGGAGAAUGGCCGGAUGCCUGAACAGAGAGUACACGGAGAAACCAUCACCGACUUUGUCAGUAUUCUUGGCAAGGAUAGCCCUCUGAUUGCUGCAAGGAAUGGCAUCAUUAAGGGCACUACUGCUGCCGCGGCUGCCUAA